AUGAGCUGCUUUGAAAAUAUGUCUAUGCCAUCUUGUGUUUGGUUUGAAAGUGGAGAGAAACGGAACAUUCUAGCAUCUAUAUUUGCUGGCUUUUUGUUCUUUACUGGAUGGUGGUUCAUCAUUGAUGCAGCAUCAGUUUAUCCUGGUGAACUUCCCAAUGCAGCCCAUGUGUGUGGAGUAAUGGCUACUUUAUCUUUACUUAUGGUUAACUCUGUUUCCAAUGCACAGGUUCGUGGAGAAACCUACACAGGUGGAUGUAUGGGCCCUCGUGGUGCUCGACUAUGGUUAUUCCUUGGUUUUGUUGUGGGUUUUGCAUCUCUCAUUGCAGCCUGCUGGAUAUUGUUUGCUAACUAUGUAAAUGCAGGUAGCAGUAAACACACUUGGCCAGGAGUUAGCUUGUUUCUUCAAAAUGCUUUUAUAUUUGGUGGAUCUUUAGUGUUUAAAUUUGGUCGCACCGAGGAUGUUUGGGGC